CGAAACUAAAUUGACUUUUGAAUUAAAUAAUUUCUAUGGAUAAGUUUUGAAUACAUAACUUAAAUACAAUUUAAAACUAUUAAGAAUCUCAUUCUUCAUAAUUAUGUUGAUACAGAGCUGAUAACUGUUUAGUUUUUAUGAAUACUUAUAUAAAAAGAGGUUAACCAAGUUAAGUGAGCAACAUGAAGUUGGAUUGCCUUAAAAACGGCUACCGCGAAAGCCGGCGAGUCAUUUCGAUCCAACCAACGAUGUCGGAGGUUGCUAACAGCUGGCCAGUUGACGAAAAUUGUUUGUUCGAUAUGGACGCGUGUUAUGAAACAUUUGACAAAGAUGGGGAUGGCAAGUUGAACUUUGAGGAGUUCCGGCUGAUCUGCAAGGCACUGUUCCGUAACGACAAAGGGCACAUCUACCCGCUGUCUGAGGAGCGAGCUCGCCACAUCUUCCAGGUGUUCGACAAGAAUGGUGACGGGUUCAUCGACAAAGACGAGUUCACCUUCUGCUGGAACCAUUGGAUUAAAGUGAUAGUGCGUCCUAUAAGUGCAUUCCUGAUUGUCGAUGUACAGAACGACUUCAUCUCCGGCACCCUCAACAUUAGUGAGUGUAACGCUCAACAAGAUGGUAGUGAGGUGGUGGAGCCGAUUAACAGACUUUUGGAGACCGUGCCGUUCGACGCAGUGUUCUACUCACUGGAUUGGCAUCCGCCCGACCACGUGUCCUUCAUAGACAAUGUUCAUAUGAGGGAAUUGCAUCCUUCCAGUCCGGUGGUAGAUGGCGCUGUGAAGGUAUAUAAGGGUACAAACCCGGAGGUGGAUUCAUAUUCUGUGUUCUGGGACAACAAGAAGCUGGCAGACACUAGUCUCAUCUCGCAGCUGCGCAUGCGCAACGCUACCGAUAUAUAUAUCUGCGGGCUCGCUUACGAUGUAUGCGUCGGAGCGACAAUCGCGGACGCGCUCGCCAUCGGGUACCGCGCGGUGCUGAUAGACGACGCGAGCCGCGGCGUCGACCUCGCCGACAUCAAGAGCACCAAAGCCACCAUUCUCAACAACAACGGCGUCAUCGUACACUCACACGAGGUAGCGGCUAUGGUGGACGGUCGCGACAGACGACCAGAGCUUGGCUACAAGCUCGCCAUGGAACUGAAAAACGCCAUCAACGACAAACUGAACUAA